UUGAGACCGAGAACGUUGAGAGUUGCACUAUUCCUAAAAAAUACAUGGCACGAAUUUAUUGACUUUUGGUAUCAUAGGAACGUCAGCAUUUAAAGUCUAGCAACAUAUAGCUUAGACUCAACAUAAAUUGUUCCUCGAGUGCUUCUAACGCUGUCAAAUCGCAAUCCAUUAUUACGAGAAUAAGUCUUCCUUUUCAUGAACAGAGGGGAAACAAUAAUGAAAAUCAUUUUUCUGCUAAUGAUUUUGCUAGUCUUGGACGUGACGGGUCAAUAUUAUGGACCAAAACAUGGACCCGGGCAUAAAAAGGGUGGACGUGGACCGGGUGGUCCGAUGAGUGGACCUGGCCCAAAGAGCGGACCUGGUCCAAAGGGAAAACCUGGACCUGGUGGACCUCCCUAUAAUUUUGGAAAGCCUGGACGUGGACCAUUUAAUAAAAAGUGGCAUGGACCUGGGGACGGCCCUCGGGGUCCUUACCGAAAAGGACCUCCGCGAGGUGGCCCAAUGUAUGACCGAGAUGGCCCAAUGUACGAUCAAGACUCAACGUACGACCACGAAUCAAUGUAUGACCACGAAUUCCCGUAUGACCAAGAAUCGCAGUAUGAUCAAAAACCACAAAAAGAAAAAGGGUCUGCAGCUAAAAAAUCUGAUUUGGAGUCGCCCGAGACAGAGAGACUAGUGGAACAGGUCCAACAACAACAUUCAGUACAACAAUUCGGAGAACAUCAAGCUGUGGAACAAGCAAAUUCACAACAAAAGUCUGAAGAGUAUGCAGCCGACAUGAUUGUAGGAGGGUCCCAUUCAAUGCAUUUGGAUGACAUGCAGUCGAGUUAUAAAUUUGACGAAAGACCAGUACAAGAACCUGUGUUUGCUCCUCUUCAUCAACAACAACACAAACGACACCGAUUGUCGCACAAGGGUCAAUCGAUGGUAAAUGGAGUGGACGCGUUAGCAGGAGAAAUUGUGGACUCUGUGGUAGAGCGCUUAGAAGCUGACGAAAUGCUGGCAGUUAUGGCCGAAAAAAAUGGCAUCAAUCCUGAUUUCAAGUCAUCUGCGGUGAAUACACAUUAUUCCACUAAAACCUACAUGUGCUUGGUGAUAACAGUUGGUGAUGUGUUAUUAUUAUUACAUUAGAAAUUGGCCUUCCUCAAGAUGUGAUAGUGAUAAAGUAACUUUAACCCGUCCAAUAAAUGUAUUAUGAAAAUAAGUUUGCCAGACUAAUCUUUGCGACACUGAUUUUACAUGGAGUCUUCUCUGCAAAACUUUCUGCUGGGGAAAGCAUAAUAAUUCGCUAUAAUAUAAAUAUUUAGUAAAAAUGAUGAUCCACUAUGCUUAUAAUCAUUAUAAUUGA